UCCACAUUUUGGCGGCCUUUGGGAGGCCGGGGUUCGAUCCGCCAAAUAUCACCUCAAGCGAAUUACUGGCACUGCCAACAUGAACUUCGAGGAAUAUAGUACAGUACUUACUCGAAUUGAAGCUGUGCUCAACUCGAGGCCAAUCACGCCGAUGUCAGUGGAUCCAACCGACAUACAACCUCUUACUCCAGGACAUUUCUUGGUCGGUCGCCCGUUGACCGAUAUCGCCGAACCUGACGUCACCGACCGCAAGGAAACGACACUUUCUCGUUGGCAGCGACAGACGCAGAUGGUACAGCAUUUUUGGGCUCGCUGGUCCCACGACUAUAUCACAACACUACAGAAUCGAAAUAAAUGGCACAAACGUUUCGCUGUUAAACCGGGGCUUAUGGUGAUCGUACGCGAAGACAAUCUUCCGACAAUGCAGUGGAGACUAGGGAGAAUCAACAACGUCAUUCCGGGCCCAGACGGCUUGGUGCGAGUGGCCGAUGUUCGUGUGGGUGGAAAAAUGAUCAGACGACCUAUCGCUAAAUUGUGCCUGCUCCCAAUUGAGGAUAACGACCUUGCUCAGGUUCCAGUAGAUAACGAAGAGAGUAGCAAUUGAAAUCUAUUGAUUUCAAUGGGGGCAGCAUGUUGGGAAUUGAUACAUCCUAAUAUAAACCUAGGCUUAGACUUUCUGUUCAUCGUGUGUAGAGUUCAAUUAAAAUUUAUCGAUGUAUAUCUGUGCUUAUCAUUGUGUCGAUCAAGAGAGAAAUAUGAUUUAUCUCAACUCUCAUAGGCUUAGCUAGAAAGAAGAUUAAAAUAAACGGUCUCUUGGCUCCAGACCACCGCACGAUCAGGUCGUAUAUUUUUCUGCCGUAUAGCACCGCGUGUUUUACAUUUUUUGUCACAUUCCGAAAUCCGACUACGUUUCCCGUGGCCACUGAUGGUCCGUACUCGCGCGUGCAGCUA